AUGCGUGAACGAGGUAAUAAGUACCGAACCUUCAUGGGCACGUUUAUGACAGUGCUGCGGGAAGAGACUUGGCGAGGUCUCUAUCGAGGUCUAGGUACUCACUACAUUCGUCAAGUGCCAAAUUCUUGCAUUAUGAUCGGGACCUACGAGUGGGUUGUCUAUCUCCUGCACUCCUGGAACCUUGUCGCUGCUCGAAAUGAAUGA